CUAACAUGGCGCGCAGUCCGUCUCGUGUCUAUGCUACACUUUUACCGUCUGGUGAGGAUGUCCACGGACACGGGAACGAAUCAAUAUUUCAUCACGUCUCCAAUCAAAACUCUUUACAUCCUCAAAGUAACGUCAGAGUCGUUCAGGUCACGGGCUGUGCGGAGUUAUCCUGUCUUCCGGACCGGGCUACCGUUGUCAUCACCGUCAAGAACAGUAAAGAAAAUGUUAACGAUGUGACUAAUAGCGUUUCCAGAAGACUGGAUUAUAUCCUACAGACUGUUAGACAGAAUGAUGUUAAGGAAGAAAACAUCACUGUAGACAAGCAUUUGCAAAGAGAGGAAGAGCUCUUCCACAUGCAGGCUGAGGUGCAUGUGGUGUUUUCAAACUUUGAGACCAUGCAAGAUGUGCGCUCAGUUUGCAUUGAAAAACUCGACAAAAGUGUGUGUGUUGGUAACCCCCACUACACACACAGCACUGAAAGCCUCAAUCUGUUAAGGCGGCAAGUGUGUUUGCAAGCUGUUGACAAUGCCCGGUUGAAAGCCAGCGAGGCGUGUUGCAUUCUGGGACAAGCUCUGGGACGACCACUGCUUGUACGAGAGGAGGAAUCACGAGAAUGGACAAAUAGCCAGGAUGAUGUUACUGGGACGCCUCUAACGCUACAUCAGAAAGCUGGAGUCACAUUAUUCUCAGCAUCGUCACGUGUGUUUGUGACUUUUGAAUUACGACCGAAGGAUAGAAACAGAAGAAAACUGUGACGUUUUGUUCGGAAUUAGAUAAUGAUAUUUUUUUUUCUAAGAUGCUUUAUCAAUGUGAUUGUCUAAGUAAAAUCUCACACAAACGAACCUGUGAAUCUCACACAUUGUGAUUUUGGAAUUACGCUAGAGCAACUAAUAAUCUAAGACGACGACAAAGACAACCCAACAGACUCUUGCUGGUUGCAGAAUGUAACAAUCAACCAAACCUCAAAAGUUUCUCAUUUUAAAACAAACAAGAGAUCUAAGUACUCAUUUUUGAAAUACCAUGAUUUACCGCAAAUGAAUAGCAGUCAAUGGGGAACUUUCAAUAAGACCGGAUAGUAAAUCCAAGAUACCAAACUGCCAUUUAUUUGUCUAAUAAGUGCAUUAUGUGCUUGGUUUCAGAUUGUUCAUUCUUACAGGCCAACAAAGAAUACAUUUUAAGUAGGGCUGCAACUAACUAUCAUUUUAUUGUCAAAUAAUCGAACGAUUAUUUUUGUCAAUUAGUCAACUAAUCUAACAAUGGUUUUAUAGACUAAUCUGAUAAAGAUUUUUGUGGAUUACUCUAUUAAUCCUUUGGCAAAUUUUCCACUAAAUAAUAAAUUCCAGUAUUUUUUACAUUAUAAAGCAUAUCAUAGCCUACU